AUGAGUAAUGUUACCGGCCACCUCCAGUUGAAGAGCGGAAAAGAGACUACGCGCCAAGGUAGCAGAGCACAGUACUAUGUUUCGCUGCCGGGGAAAGAUAGUGCCUUGAACGUCUUUGAUCUGGAUUCUUUCAGGUUGAACAUGACCUCGCCGGAAGACAGACCGUACGAGAAAGGCGAGACAGAGAAGUUGACUUCAUUCGCCCUGUCUGAUGAUGAUGCCGUUCUGCGGACUGCAUUCAGCCGGUUCUACAUACAUUACUCCAACUUUGCAUCUCCAACAGUCCCUGCGAGCUUCCGUGCCACCGAGGUCUUUUGGCACUUUUGUAUCAACACCUUCAGCGUUGACGUUACAAACGCCACUUCAGACACGCGGAUUAGUACCACAGCGACAAGAGUCCACGAGGUGUAUGGCGACCCUCAGCCAAGCCACUAUAGCUCGUUUUCGAUGGAGAGCGAUGACGGGAAACAGCUAUUCAACGUUUCCGAUCGCUUGAGGUAUAUCCUGAACCAAAAGAUCAAAUACGACUUGCGGGGCACGAGUAAUUCCGUGCAUGGUGACGAAUCUGUGCUUCCUGCGGUUGUAUUGGCGAAUUUAUUCUAUGGGUAUCAAGCAUCCUCUGCAGAGAGGAAAUCCGCUGGGGAAGAUCCAUCUGAAGAAGAGCUUGACAGGGAACUAUGGAGCAACACUGAGAAGCUCACCCAAUCACUGGCAGAUGCCAUGACGACUCAUCUUCGAGCCACCGAAAAGAGCGGAACAGUUCGUGGAUCGGCUUAUGAGAUGCAAACCUACAUUGUCGUCCGGUGGGAAUGGCUCUCAUUCUUGGCAACCCAGAUAUUUUUGACGGUCGUGUUUCAGAUUGCAGUUAUUGUCCAGACAGCUAGAAUGAGUGUUGGCAUCGUCAAGAGUUCCAAUAUGGCGGAGCUCUUCGCUUUCUAUGGUGACGACGACGAUAACUCGUCCCAAACGUGGGCUUUAGCAGCAGCUGGUCUCAGGACGAGAGGCAUUGGCACGAAGAUUAACAACAGUGUAGAGGCGAAAUUAGUUCCAGGAAGUCACGGUUGGAAUCUUCGAAUUAAAUAA